AUGAAGGCCGCCGAAAGGAAUGCGCACGUGAGUAAUCGGAGGCCUCCCUUAUUGGUGGCGAAAAGGAAGGGAGUGAGCACUGCUCAUGGGAAGGGAGUGAACACCGGGCAUGAUAAGGGAGCAACCCCCACUGGUUAUGCAAGACAGAGCAGACAAAAAGAACCAACCACACAAGAACGAAAGGAAGCACUAAAGAUCAACAUUAAAAGAGCCUCCGCCGAGAACAUCACCGGUAGGGCGGCAAAGGGAAAGGACCCCCCAAUCACGCUCCAUAAAAGUGACGGGAAGAAAGACAAAGCGAUGAAUGGAAAGAAGAAGGAUAAAGGAAUGCACAGUGCUGGAACCACCCAGCCCAAUAGCAGUAAUAGAAAGAACAACACGUGGGUGGAGAAAUCAAACGUGAAGUCUUCCUCGCCCCACUUGGCUGAAAAUCAUCGAAGUGAAGAAUCACGGGCAGUAGUAGGAAGCGGCAUAGCCACAGUUGGAGAGAUCCCAUCGAGCAGAAAAAAAACGACCCACUUGGGAAAAGUAAAAAACUCAAAAAGGUAUACAGAUUUUAACAAGGGAAAGAAUAUUAAUGAAGAAAAGGAUGGAAUAAAAAAUAUGGACACCGCAUGUGAAAGUAGGGUGGGAUGCCACGGGAACAGUAAAUCUCCCAAAUUGACACCACUGAGAGAGCAAAAAUCACAAGGUGCACCGAGUCCAUCCAUGUUAAGCUCACAGAAGAUCUACCCACGGAAUGAUAUUGAAAUUAUUAACCAUGGUAUAGAGGACGAAAUUAGUAGAAAAGAAAAAGUGAAAAAGCUAAAAAAUAAAAUUUUAAAAAUGUAUAGUGACUUGUUUCUACACCAUUUUAGGAGGAGCCAAAAUUUGGUAAAGUGCAGUGGAAAUGAAAAUUUAAAUGUUUGCUUGAACAGAGAGAGUGUGCACAGUUUCCUUCGUCUGUCUUAUAAGUAUGGAGAUUAUGAGUACUGCGUGGGUUGUGUGAUGGUGUUGUUGCUCGAUCGGUUGACCAACUCAGAGGUGGAGUUGAAUCUGGAGGAGCGGGACGACUUGGAGAACGCUGUUCGCGCGUACAAUUACCACACGCUAAGGACGUAUCGAGCCACCUUCAAGGCAUACCACAAGUGCAACCAGAACAAUGGCGCCAACGGAAACUGUCAUAGUGACCACGCGAAAGUUGUUCAGGAUGGGGAUGACAUGCAAUAUGCGCACAAUAGGGAUGACCCCCCCGGGAAGAAAACUCUCCAGAAUGCGAAAAGAAAAAAUCUCUGUAGAAGCAUCCGGACUAUGAUAAAGGAAAAUUUUCUACUGAACUGUGAAGCCAUAAUAAAUGUGGUUAACUGUAUCCUCUGCACGAUUAAUGAAGAGAAGGAAAAAAUAUACUAUACGCACCUCAAUGCAAACCAGUACAAGACAAUUUCUGACAUCACCGAGACGGGGGUGAAAUAUAAAUAUGAGCAGUUAGCUAGAGAAACUUAUGAAAAGGCAUUCCAGUUAGCACAAGUGCACUUAGUACCGACAGAUGUACAUUUUUUGCAGUUGGCUAGUCGCUAUAUCUCCUUCCUUUAUUUCAAGGUGGGGCAAGAGCAGUUGGCCCUCAGAAUUUGCACGGGCGUGUUUGAUCGAACAGCAGAUGAGCUUGGGAAUUUGCAAGACGAGGGGGAGGUGGACAAGUGCCUCCAGAUUCUUAGCAAGAUGCGCUACAAUAUAAAGCGAUGGUCGAGGGAGCUCCACGGGAAUAGCAUCCUCUUCUUGGACUUCUAA